CGGAGGUAAUUGAAGUUGAAGGUGGUGGUUCUGCAGAUCGGGUGCGACGACGACGGCGGCAACGGCAACGGUUAUGAUCCAAGACGCGAUGGAGCUGGUGCGCGUUGAUCUCGCGAAAGCGAACGGAAGCUACCCUGGUCAAACGUCACCGAUUGAUGCUGGAGGCCGCGUGGGCGAUGGACAGGAUGGUCAAAUUCAGUUCGAUCGGCUCCAGUUCGAGAGUCCGGAGGAUUUAAUGCGCCAUCUGUACUACACCUGCAUGCGCUCCAACGUUACCGAGCCGCCCUGGACCACCGAUGGUAGUACGGCAUUUUGUCCCCGACGCUUCGACGGGUGGUCCUGCUGGGAACCGACACUGGCGGGCACGGUGGCGGACAAUUUCUGUCCAAAGUUUAUCCUGGGCUUUGAUCCACGGCGACUAGCCUAUCGUACAUGUCAUGAGAAUGGGUCCUGGUUCGUACACCCGCACUCCGGCCGGGAAUGGUCCAACUACACGAACUGUGUCGACACGGAAGAUAUGCAGCUUCGUCGGUUGGUGAACGACAUUUACAUCGGUGGCUACACGGUUUCCUUCUUAGCGCUAAUUAUAUCGUUGUGUAUCUUUCAUAGCUUUCGAACACUGAAAUGCACCCGCAUACGGAUCCACAUCCAUCUGUUUACCUCACUGGCCCUGAGCUGUCUGUUUUGGAUCGUCUGGUACAAGUUUGUCGUCGAGGUUCCGGAGGUCCUGAAUGCAAAUACGCGCUGGUGCGUCGGACUUCACGUACUGCUGCACUACCUGAUGCUGGUUAAUUAUUUCUGGAUGUUUUGCGAAGGACUUCACCUGCAUCUCGUGCUCGUUAUAGUCUUCAUCAAGGAUAUUGUCGCAAUGCGUUGGUUUGUCACGAUCGGCUGGAUAUUGCCGGUGGUGCUGGUGAGCCUGUACGCCCUCGUCCGCAACACGCAGCCACUCGAUACGGAGCACUGCUGGAUGAACGAAAGCCACGCCAUGUGGCUGCUGACGAUUCCUGUGUGCUUUUCGCUGGUCGCCUCCCUGGUGUUUCUUAUCAAUGUCGUCCGAGUGUUGCUGACGAAGCUAAGCUCCACCUCGCCCCAUCCGGCACCGCUCGGGCUGCGGAAAGCCACACGUGCAACGUUGAUUCUGAUACCGCUGUUCGGGCUGCAGCACAUCCUGCUGCCGCUGCGGCCGGAGAAGGGCUGCUCGGUGGAACGGUACUAUCAGAUCGGGGCCGCCCUGCUGAUCAGUCUUCAGGGUUUGUGCGUUUCGUGUUUGUUCUGCUUCGCCAACCACGACGUAAUCUUUGCGGUACAGUGCUACCUGAGCCGAUUCCUUCCCGACCUUGUGACACAUCCCUUUCUCGAGAGCAAUGGGGGGCAACCGGCCACGCAGAGCCGCGACGUGGUCGUAUGACUGCUGAACGUUCGACGCUCCACACCGACGAGUGUGAGUCAGCGCGAACCGUCUCCCCAGUUGGGACAGUGCGCUGUCUAAGGCUGGUCGGUCGCAGGAACGAAGGAGACUCACACUCACUCACUCCCUCUCUCUCUUGGUAUACUUCUGUGUCCCUGUGUCCCAACCGUACACGGUCAAUGUAGUCGCGGCAGGUGUCCUUUCGUCCUUUCGAUAGGGCUUUCGGGUGUAGAGCUCACAUGAUGUAUAGCCGAAACCAUGGUAGAUGUUCAUAUUUCGCUGUUUCUGUGGUGAAUUACCGUGAAUGUACAAAUUUAGAAGUCGUCGGUACGCGAUAUUUUGAGUGCGGCAGCAUAGAGGACUACAAAUAUAUUUAACAUUACACCAGUAACGUUGGGGAUGUGCA